CGACGAGAAAUGAAGCAAAAAUAUUAAAAAUUUGUUUAGAUCCUUUAAAAAAAAUGUUAAAAACAGUGGGAAGGUACGAAACAGAGGAGAAAAUCUUUGUAAUUAAGGUCAGGACAAAGCAGGAGCCUGCAUGUGUGAAUAUCAUUGAUACCACGGAUGAGUAUUUUGAGGAAUUUGCAAUAAUUCCCGUGGAUUCGGAUCUGGAGCCAUGUGAGGAGUACACGGAGAAGAGGAAGCAACAAAGGUUGGUGGAACAUCAGCAGGAUCAUUCUUCCGAUCAGGGGGAAUCCUCGAGAUCAUCGGAAAGCUGCAGGAUGCAAUCCCCGAAUGCAACAGCCGGCAAAACAUUCUCAGUGGGGGACAAGGGAGCUACUGCUGCUGCUGGUGCAAAGAGACGCCCCCAGAUUUGUGAGAUGUGCGGAAAGGUGGUGAGUAAUAUAACGCAGCACCUGAAGCAUCAUGACAAGGAGAAGGAGAUGUGUCAGGUGUGCAGUAGACCCGUCCGGAAGGUACUUCGGCAUCGUCAUUCGUGCAAUUUGAAGCUCUACGGGUGCUCAUGUGGUGUCUCCUUUGCACUUAAAGGGGAAAUUGAGGCACAUAUGAGGGAAUACGGGGCCACAAAGGAAUCCCACAAGUUUCAAUGUCGCCGCUGUCCAGCUCUCCUGGCCAGUACAGAUGAAUUCGACGGACAUCUCGCGGCUUUACACAAAAUUCUCAUUUGCCUUCAGUGCUACAAGCAAUUCCUCACACCGGAAGCUCUUGCUGUUCACAUUGAGAAUCAUGCUGUGCGCGAGGUCAUUAAAUGCACCAUCUGUUCGGUGGAAUUGGCCUCAAGGGAGAGUCUCAAUAGGCACGUGAAUAACAUCCAUCUGACGCAGGAGAAGAUUGUCUGCCCACUCUGCUGUACGAGCUUCACGGCUAAAGAUAACCUCCGGAGGCACAUUGAAGCAGUUCAUGGGGAUCGGAAGGACUUCAUUUGCACAGUGUGUGGGAAGUUGUUUAGUCAGGCAUCCAGUGUGACGCGCCACAUGGUCAUUCACAGCGAUCUUAGACCCUUCAGGUGCGCCUUUUGCUUCCAAAGCUUCAAACUUCCGCGUGAUCUCCGGAAGCACAAUGCAGCUCAUCGGGAGUUUAUGAUUAGGUGCCCCUCGUGUGAAUCCUUUCAUCUCAAUCAGCAAGAGUUGAGUCUACACCUCAAAAGGCAUCCCAGUCAUAGGAAAUUCGGAGAAGGAGGAUAUCUCACAAGCGGAGAAGGGAAGUCUUCAAGUUAAUUUAGGAAGAGGAUUAACCUUUGGAAUGCGGAGCGGGGUCGUUGAACGACCCCAGCGCUAUAUUUCGUGCUAUAACUCUAUAAUUAUAAAAGAUAGCGUUUCCAUCUUUUGGAAAUAAGUUCCUUGGUUAUCUGAGGAGGUUGUGUAAAAAUUUCAGCUCAAUCCGACCACCACAAGAAAAGUUAUUAAGGAAAAUGUAGAAGAAGGGAAUUCAAAAAUUGGUGUAACGGCCAUGCUGCGGAAAUUUUUUUAGAAUGAAGUUAGUCACAUCAUAAAUCAUAUGGUUGAAGGGGGUUGAAGGGUUGUGUUUACUUUCUCACUUUACCUUCUCAGUGUCAGAAUUAUCGCGAAUAAGUAACAUAAACAACAUAAAACAUAAUUAGAAGCAUAUAAAUGUGCAAAACAAUAAAGAAUAUUCGAAAAAUA